AUGGCCCUCUACGACGAUAUGGCUGGUCUGCACCAGCUGUCCCGUCGUGCGGAUGACAACCCCGAAGAUACGUCCAACUCGGCUUCUAGCUUGGUGUCUACUUUGGUUCCUUCCCUAGUGAUAGCUGUCAUCAUGGUCUUGGUCUUCGUGAUUCUGCGGCGAAGCGAACGUCGCAUGUAUAUGCCCCGAACCUAUCUCGGCUUUCUGCGCCCUGGGGAACGCAGUCCCCCCGUCGGCACUGGCCUGUGGAAUUGGAUUACCGAUAUGUACAAGUUACCCGACGAAUACGUUUUGCAACAUCAUUCUAUGGACGCCUAUCUUCUGCUUCGCUUCCUGAGGUUGAUUUCAGUCAUUUGCUUUGUCGGCUGCUUGAUAACCUGGCCCAUAUUGUUUCCCGUCAAUGCCACAGGCGGAGCUCACAAACAACAAUUGGAUAUCUUGAGCAUGUCCAACAUUUCACAGGAUAAUAACGCUCGUUACUUCGCCCACGCCUUCGUCGCUUGGAUCUUCGUCGGAUUCGUGUUCAUGACUGUCACCCGCGAGGGCAUCUUCUAUAUCAACCUGCGCCAGGCGUAUUCCCUCUCUCCCGCCUAUGCCAGCCGACUCUCAUCGCGAACAGUUCUUUUCACAGCUGUGACUGAAGACUAUCUCAACCGUGACAAGAUCCGGAAAAUGUUCGGCAUUGAAAAGGUGAAGAAUGUUUGGAUCGCUACCGACACCAGUGAGCUAGAGGACAAGGUCAAGGAACGGGAUUCUGCCGCCAUGAAAUUGGAAGCCGCCGAAACGAAACUCAUUAAGCUUGCAAACGCUGCGCGAGCCAAGGCCCUGAAGAAAGGGGGAAGUGCCGAGGAUGAUGCUGUGCCACUUGAAAACUUGUCUGAUGAGCCAGAUGACGAAUCGGGCUCUGUGGCAGCUCGCUGGGUCAAGGCUUCGGAGAGACCAACGCACCGCCUGAAAUUCCUUAUCGGAAAGAAAGUCGAUACGAUCAACUGGGCCAGGUCAGAGAUUGAGCGGCUUAGCCCGGAAAUCGAGGAGCUCCAGGCUAAGCACCGUGCGGGCGAUGCCAAGCUGGUUUCAUCCGUCUUUGUCGAAUUCUACGCUCAAGCGGACGCGCAAUCUGCCUUCCAGUCGGUCGCACACAAUCUGCCUCUGCACAUGGCCCCUCGUUACAUUGGUCUGGACCCUACGCAGGUCAUCUGGUCGAAUUUGCGCAUCAAAUGGUGGGAGCGCAUCGUCCGUUACUCUGCCACAAUUGGAUUUGUCUGCGCUCUCAUCAUCUUCUGGGCAAUCCCCGUCGCUGUUGUAGGCUCCAUCUCGAACAUCGAUUCUCUAACGAACAAGGUCCACUUUCUCAGAUUCAUCGACCAUGUCCCCGGAUGGAUCAAGGGUGUCAUCACUGGUCUUUUGCCCACUGUUUUGAUGUCUGUGCUCAUGGCUCUGUUGCCCAUUGUUCUGCGAUUGAUGGCCAAGCUCGGUGGCGCCCCCAGCGCGGCAGCUGUUGAGCUGACUACACAGAAUUUCUACUUCGCUUUCCAAGUCGUUCAAGUCUUCCUGGUUGUGACCUUGGCUUCCUCGGCGGCUAGCGUCGUCACCAAGGUCAUCCAGCAGCCUUCUUCUGCUCCCCAGCUCCUCGCCACGAGAAUCCCCAAGGUUGCCAACUUCUACAUUUCCUAUAUAGUUCUACAGGGUCUUUCUUUCAGUUCCGGUGCUCUGCUUCAGAUCACCGGCCUGAUCUUGGGCAAGAUUCUGGGCAAAUUGUUGGACUCUACCCCGCGAAAGAUGUACAAACGCUGGUCAUCCCUCGCUGGUUUGGGCUGGGGAACCGUAUAUCCUCCCCUGACCCUUCUUGCAGUCAUCGCUAACGAUGUCGUCCCGUUGGGAUUAGCCAUCACCUACUCGUGUAUCGCUCCGCUGGUGCUUGGUUUCGCGACCAUUGGUCUGUACCUGUUUUAUUUCGCCUACCGGUACAACAUGCUCUACGUGUCCAACGCCAACAUAGACACUCAGGGCAAGGCUUACGCUCUUGCCCUGCAGCACAUUACUGUGGGCUGUUACUUGCUUGUGGUCUGCUUGAUCGGCUUAUUUGCCAUCGGAACUGCAGCCAACCGAGUGGCACUGGGCCCCUUGAUCUUGAUGAUUAUCUUCCUUGUCUUCAUGAUUCUUUACCACAUUUCUUUACAUAGCGCUCUCUCUCCUUUGAUUAACUAUCUUCCCAAGAAUCUGGAGGCUGAGGAGCAGAGUCUUCUUCCCUCCGAACCAAUCAAGCACGGCGAUUCUGUUGGCGAGCACCCGGACGACAUUGCCGCGACUAACCCAGGGAAGAAUGGGAAUAGCAAUCUCCCGGAUGUUGACGCUGCCGAGAAAGGCCUGACCACCGCCCCUGUCCCCUCCGAGAAGAAGCCCAAUCUGAUCCUGAAGUGGUUCCGCCCCGACAAAUACGAUGGAUACUCACAACUGCGGCGCCUUGUCCCUGAGGCUCAUGAGACUACACAGUACCCUCCUGAAGUUGAACGCGACGCCUACUUCCACCCAGCGAUUACCUCCCAGCCUCCACUUCUGUGGAUCCCUCGUGAUAAACUCGGGGUGAGCAAACAGGAGGUCAAGCACUCGGCACGGGUGAUCCCCAUCACAGACGAGGAUGCUUGGCUGGAUGAUAAGAACAAGAUCCACUGGGAUGUUGAUAAGGGCGUUCCUCCCAUCUUUGAGGAGAAAAUUUACUAUUAA